AUGAAGAUUGUAAUCGUCGGCGCCGGCAUCGUCGGUCUCUCGACGGCUUUGGCGCUGCUGGAACAUGGAUAUGACGACGUGACUAUCGUUGCGGAAAACUUGAACGACACUACGUCGCAUACAGCUGGAGCAGUGUGGAGGCCAGUGUUUGCGGGUGCAACAUCUGACCGCACCAUGGAUCAUUGGAGCCACGAAACGAUGCUAUGGUUGCGACAAUUGACAGAAAGGCAUGGACCGACGGUUGUCGGGAUUCAGCGAACACCAGGGAUCGAGCUGUCCGACUCGCCGCCCGAAGCACACCCGUAUUGGGCGCAUUCCGUCGAGGACUUUCGCCUUCUCACGCGAGAUGAAGCGUUGCAACAUCCACCACACGACAAAGAGUUUGGCAUUGCGUACACUUCUGUGAUGAUCCAUCCAGGGAUUCUUAUGCAGUGGAUGGCAAAGCAGAUCAAAUCUCGCGGGGGCAAAUUUGAAACCCGUUUUGUGGCGUCCUUGGAUGAGCUUGAUGGCGACGUCGUCAUCAACUGCACAGGCCUUGGUGCGCGCAAACUCGUCGGCGACGCCUCCGUCUACCCUGUACGUGGUCAGGUGAUCAAGGUGUUCAACCCCAACAUCAAGCGCUUCGUGUGCGUGGAAUCAUAUGGCCAGUACACGUACAUUCUUCCCCGUCCGGGAGGAGAAGUCAUUGUGGGUGGCACAGCCGACAUUGGCAACUGGAACACUGCCAACAACGACGCCGACAUUGCCGCAAUCAUGGAUCGAGCGGUGGCUGUCAUGCCCGAGAUCAAAGGCAGCAACGUUCUCUACGCUAAAGCUGGGCUGAGGCCGUCUGCCACCCGUGGAACGCGAGUCGAAUUGAAUCCGAAGCGAACAUCAAAACACAAAGCAUGGGUCAUUCACAACUACGGACAUGGCGGCAGCGGCCACACGAUUCAUCGCGGGUGCGCCUCGGCGGUGGUCAACAUCGUGCGCUCAUACACGUCCAAGCUGUAA